AUGACGCUUCCUGUCCGCUUAUCUCUGCAAUCCUCUCCUCACAAAGAAUCCGUGCCCAGAGAAAGAGAGGGCUCAGCGAUACAGGGAGAUGUACAAUACCGACCGACAAAAGAAAUCUCCUUUGAACUAGAGCAGCACGUGCAAAUAUUCCUUGAGGAGGGGCUUUUGACGCAAGCUUUUGAUUUGCUCCUAUCAAUUGUUGGCAACAGCGUGUCUGCCCUCGCUCCACUGCACCCGGUGACGAUUCCACCACGCUCCCAAAUCGCUGUUGCUGCCACAUUGGCAGUCCACCCUACCAUUACAUCCAGAACGGACUCACGCGAGAAGCAGAAUCAGGCAAAUGCCGCUCUUCGACUACUUCGACUGAUCAAUACCCUCGUCGGACCCGUCAAUGCCGACUUCGCCUCGGCAUUCUCCUUCCGUAAAUUCGAUUUUCGAUUCACACGUCGCAGUCCUCACCGUUCCAUCGGCGAGGAGGGCGAUGCAGGCGGCGAAAGUGAUAGCGUAGACGGUGAAAAUGAAAUCAACACUCCAUACGCCCACUCGCAGAGUCUUUGGACUCGCGCCGAAGACUUCUGGCAACUAGUGGGCUGGGCAUUCAACUGUGCAUGUCGACCUGGUGUUCAUGCUGCUCGAUGGGAUCAUUACCAACUUCUCCUCGAGUUUCUAGUUGAUGUCCUAGAAGAAGAUUGGCAUAUACGAAACGCGGCAGAAAAUUCAUCGGCCGAUGAGUCUUUGCUCUGGCAGUAUAUCGAACUGUCCACGGGUGGACAUGCACGCGCUAGGCGGAUCCUGCGAGCGAUUUUCGCGGAUGGGAGUCAGCGCUCGCUCAACGAGUUUCGUGAGAUAUUCCCCAACGAAUUGAAAAAGCCCGAGAAGGAGCAUGGGAAGAUCAAGAAACGCGAAGUCGACGUCAACAUUUAUGAGGACGUCUUUGGCGACUAUGAAGCCGAGGAUGACUUGGACAUGUUCGAAGACGACGAGGACGACGCCGCAAGCGCUGGCACUGGGGCAAGCGGAUGGCCUCGAAAUCGCUUAAGGGUACGAAGCCGGACUCCUUCAUCAACACGGGUAACGCCAAAGUCUAGCGCAGGAAGUCUUCACAGUGCGUAUGCCACAGACGGAGAGAACUCUCCCGCCUCGAGACUUGGCGGCCCUUCUUGCCUCGCUCUCCGCCUCCGACUGUUAAGGCUGCUGACCUACGUCGCCUCUCACCCGACCCUGAUGUCUACGUCCCCUACAACCUUUCCCGACCUAGACGAGCUGAAUAUCCUUUUCGUGGAAUUCAUUCGUCCUCUGUCCCUCCCUGUCUUCGCCCAGAUUGUCCUUCCCACCCCUUCCAAUCCCCUCGGACCGACCUCUUUGGCGGAUUUGUGCGAAGCCCUCCUCCAACGCCUCCUCGAAUCCUCUGCUCCAAGUAUCAGGAGCCACGUCUUGCUCUCCAAGAGUAAGCUGGAGCAAGAAUACCUUCCCUUUGCUGCGGCAAAGGACAGCGUUGACGCCAACGCCAGAGUCAGCGUCUUGCUGGAGAGUCUAACCAGAUGUCUCGCACAGAUUGGAAAUCUGCAGAGAACGAGAAGUUUGGCUCGAGCUGCCGCGAUCGGCGUAAAAAAGAGGCUCUGCUGUGUCGCAGAGAACAAAGGAGACGGAAAGAAGAGGCAAGGAGACGAUGACCUUGCGCGGGAAUGGCUGCUUGAAAGUGGGGAGAGACUUACCAGAGUGAUAGAGAAAUCUGGCGCUGGUGAAUGA